AACUGCGACAGAAACAAGUCCGAAACGCCUUAUUUAUGGGAUUUGUAUAAGAAAUGCUUGAGAUGCGAACAUGUACGCUGCUCACAGUGUACGGCUGAGGUCGUUAAGACAUCUCCACGCCGCUGAAGCUUCCGUCGUGGAUGCAGAAUGCCAACGAAUCAAUUCAUUGCUUAGUCGCCUGGUGCUUUACUGUAAUGCAUCUGGCAAACUAUCAAACCUCCUCCUGCUCAUCACCACCAUUCAUUCGAAGUCAUACCUCCCAUACUGCGGCACUUCGACCCUAUGCAGCUAUCAGACCUCGAGGCUCAGUCUGAUGUGUCCUCAUGACAUGGGGUGUCCUUCUCAACAAUGCAUGCUCGGGUGACUAUCUAGGAGAUGUGCUGCGAAGUGACAACGACUACACUCGGUGUUUGAGAGACUUGGGCAACAGGAGGAUGAUCACCUUGAUGCUGGACAUCAGUUCAAUCACCCGCCCGGAAGACCCUCUCCUGUCUCAUACAUCCUUGCAUCUUGCUGCACGAUUGAACAAGAACAGCAUCAGAUGGACCGUUGUGUUUGCCAGCCAAACUCAAUGGAAGCACCGGCUUCAGAAGUUCUGUAAGCCCCAUGUCGAGAACAAUACAAAGGUUUGCAGACUCGGUACCGGUAAGGCUGCAGUACGCCACCAAAGUGAUUCAGAUGUUUUCUGUCAGGACAAAAGCAAAGGGACCACCGAAUAUGUUCUGUCACUCUGCAAAAUCUGCAAAAGGAAGCUUCAUGAAACCCAAAGUCGGCCUCACCGAGGCCAAAUGUGCCCAAAUAGCGAGAGAUCAGAAGAUAUCUGCGUCACAAAGAUCAGAAAAGGAGGAUUGUGUCCCAGCUACCAAAGCUGCGUAAACAUCUUCAAGACUUUUGACGGUAGAAAGUCCUUCAAAGGUCUCUCUCAAUGGAUACGUCCUUUUGAUCAGUUACUAGAAGCAGUACAGCUAGUGGACAUGGCCUAUCCAAAGUAUCAAAAGCUUUCCCUCCAGACAAUUUUGAAAGAGCUAUACGCAAUAGGAGGGCAUCUAGAAAUCAUAUCUUUGCGUGUGCCGCUUUGCCGGGAUGGCCGUUGCACUCUUGCUUUGCAUGCAACCAUCCGCACCACCAACCUCGUAUUAUGUUCCGCAAUGGAACAGAGUAAGGUACCGUGGUAGGUGAUUUUUCUGAUUUUUCCCUAAGCAAAGGUAUCCGGGAGCCCUGCGUGGCGACGAUGGUGGUGGUGUUUGCUGCAAGGUCUGUCUUAGCGUAACCGGUGUGUCAGCUCCUGCAUGUACUGCAUGUACCGGUAAACACCUGCAUAUGCUCAAUCUCAGAUGACGUCCAAUCA